UAUUUUUUUGUCACCGUGAGAAAUAAAGUGCCUCCGAAGAGCAGGGACAUCAGUAGCCGCGCGGCACUUGCAGCGGCGGAUCGCCGGAGACGGAGCGCUUUCACUCACUGUGGCGAUUAAAGUUGAGCGCGACACGCCGAUGACCUGCAAGCAUCCUCAGGGGAAACUGUGCAUUUGACUGGCGUAACGAGCGUCAGUUUCCAUUUCUUCACUACUGAUCAUUUGUUGCUGUGGUGGCUCCGCUGUCCAGCAGUCCGAAGGCUGCGUUUCAACCCAGCGCACUGACGGAGACUCCGAGGAUCACAGAUGGACUGGCUCACACCUGAGAUGUGAAGUGUGUUAUGUGAGCCAAGGUGUUUUCCCACCUCACUGGUGGUGGGGAGAGAUGCUGUACUCCGUUGCCAUGACAGCAGAAGUUCUCUUUGUUCUCGGGGUCCUGAUGAGCAGCGCUCAAUGUAAUCCCAUAGUGACCUUACCAGCGAGCCGAGAACGUCUGGAAAGGGUGCUGACCCAAGCCAGGGAGGACAAACAUCAGGACAAGCAGGCCCCAGUGGGAUACGCCGCUCAGCAGCAGGAGGAAAUCAAUGCCUUGGGCUCCAACAGGACUGUAGUGAGUCGCGUCAGGCCAAACUUCAGCUCCCAGACACGAGGUUCCAAGGGCGGGAAGCCCCAGGAACUGUGGAGUGAACAGGACAGCCUGAAUCGAAUAGAUGAGGGCCCCACCAGUGACGUCACUCUCUCCCUGGACGCCAUUGAUGAGUACGCCUACCCAGACUACAGGGGGAAGGGGUGCAUGGAUGAGAGCGGCUUUGUGUUCGCCAUCGGUGAGCAGUUCACCCCAGGCCCUUCGACGUGCCCUUGCCUCUGCACAGACGAGGGCCCUCUGUGCACCAAGCCAGAAUGUCCUAAGGUUCACCCUCGCUGCAUUAAAGUGGACACUAGCCAAUGCUGCCCGCAGUGCAAGGAAAAGAAGAACUACUGUGAGUUUCGGGGCAAGAUCUACGCUUCUCUAGAAGAGUUUAAGGUGUCUCCAUGUGAGAAGUGCCGAUGUGAGCCAAGUGGAGAGGUGCUGUGUUCUGUGGCAGCGUGCCCUCAGACAGAGUGCGUGGACCCGGAGUACGAGCCGGAUCAGUGCUGUCCCAUCUGCAAGAGUGGACCAAAUUGCUACGCAGACACAGCAGUGAUACCGGCUGGCCGAGAGGUGAAGAUUGAUGAGUGUACAAUCUGCUACUGCACAUAUGAGGAGGGCACAUGGCAGAUUGAGCGUCAGGCCACCUGCAGUAAGAACGAGUGCCAGCGAAGCUAGAGACUGGCAAGGGUAGAGGGGACGCUGGAACACAAAACCAGCGCCAAACCGCAUGUAAACUCUUGGCCUUUCACCCCGUCUACCGGACAUCAGGGUUAGACAGCAACCCCGUGCAUUUCAGCAUUUAUAGUCACUUCUGUGUCACUGAAGAAAAAAAUGCUUUUAUGGAAGUUUAUAAUCCACACACAGAAUAUCUAUUUAUCUAUGUAUUGAAUUAUUUAUUAAUAUAUACAAAACUAUGACUCAUUAAUGCUGAACUAGUGAAAAAGUAUUUUUUAUAGCCUCUGUAUUUUAAUAAGCAAUGUACUGGACCAGAGGUCAAUAAAAAAACAGAAUGUAUAGAACACACACAGCUGUCUUUGGAGGUGCAAACCUCAAUGUCUUGACAUGCGGUGUCAUCUGAUAAAUCCUGACACCAGUCCCUCUACCACCAAAGUGCAGACCAGACUAUGUGUGAUCCAUUUCAGAGUAAAGGGUAAAGAUUUGCUGUGUAGAACGAUCAAGCAGAGUAUUAAAAACAAUGAUAAAACAGAGGAAAAUUCACGAAGACAUGACUGUUUCUUGAUUUCUUUUAUCUUUUUUGGAUGUUCAAAUGUGUUUUGAUUUGAAAGUGCUUUUUUGUAUUUCUCUUGGUACUGUGUGUUCAUGUUUCAAAUAAAUGCCAAUCUGUGCUCUGUAAAUGAUCAAACAGUACUUUUCAGCUGUAGGUCCUCAUGUUUAGUCAUUGCUGAAAGGAUGGUGUUUUUACAUUUACAGACAAAUUGAAUAAAACGUUCAUUCAAAUCAACAAAUGAUACUGAGAGGAAAUGUUCAACCCAAUUUCUUCUGAUUUUGCAUUUCAGAUGUCACAUGUAACCUUUAAAUGUGACAAGCUUGAACAAAUAUACCUUUUGUUGUAAAUGUUUUCCUAUUUUUAAGUUUCAGUAUGAGAACUAUUUGCGGAAAAGUUACAGGUAAAUAUUUAAUGAGUUUUCAAGAGGAUAUUAAGUCAUUUAGUAAUGCUGUGGUUUCAUUUUCAAUAGCCUUAAGGAUCACAAUAUAAACAAGAGAGUUUGUAAGUGAGAAUACAAAAUCUCCAUAUUGCUUCUGGGUUUUCAAGGUCCAUUAAUAAAGGCCAGACUGGACAGUGCACUGUCAUUGAUCCCAAUUUGCUUCCAGAACUUUGAAAUUGAAAGGUCAUAUGACUUGCAGCAUAUUUUUUUCUUGCCUUCGCCUUCAAUUUUAGGAUGAGGAAUAAUGAAUGCAUGUAUCUGGCAGAGCCAUGGGGCCCAUCGACCAGCAGAUCAAAAUGAUGAUUAAUAAUUUAAGUCCAGGUUACAGUACGAACACUGAAGGGCAGGC